GCUGGCCCCGGAAAUUGCCGCGGAGCUCGGCCUAGACGUCGGUGCGGGAGUCGGCCGCCGUCGCUUUUCUUCGUGUUUCUGGUCACACCGCUACCGCCGCCAUGGGGAAGCGACAGCACCAGAAGGACAAGAUGUAUAUUACCUGUGCUGAGUACACUCAUUUUUAUGGAGGCAAGAAGCCAGAUAUCCCACAAACAAAUUUUCGUCGUUUGCCAUUUGAUCACUGCAGUCUCUCUCUGCAGCCCUUUGCCUACCCCGUGUGCACCCCGGAGGGCGUUGUCUUUGACUUGCUGAACAUUGUCCCUUGGCUUAAGAAGUAUGGAACCAACCCCAGCAACGGCGAGAAACUGGAUGGGAGGUCUCUGAUCAAGUUGAACUUUAAGAAGAACAAUGAAGGUAAGUACCACUGCCCGGUGCUCUUCACAGUGUUCACCAACAACACGCACAUUGUGGCCGUGAAGACCACCGGUAACGUCUACGCCUACGAGGCAGUGGAGCAGCUCAAUAUCAAGGCCAAGAACUUCAGAGACCUGCUCACGGAUGAGCCCUUCACCCGUCAGGACCUCAUCACCCUGCAGGACCCCACCAAUCUGGACAAGUUCAAUGUCUCCAACUUCUACCAUGUUAAGAACAACAUGAAAAUAAUAGAUCCAGAUGAAGAAAAGGCCAGACAGGACCCAUCUUACUACUUGAAGAACACAAACACCGAGACCCGGGAGACGCUGCAGGAGCUCUACAAGGAGUUCAAGGGGGACGAGGUGCUGGCAGCCACCAUGAAGGUGCCCGAGAAGAAGAAGGUGGACAAGCUUAACGCUGCCCACUACUCCACUGGCAAGGUCAGCGCCUCCUUCACCUCCACCGCCAUGGUUCCAGAGACCACACAUGAAGCAGCCGCCAUCGAUGAGGAUGUGCUCCGCUACCAGUUCGUGAAGAAGAAGGGCUACGUGCGGCUGCACACCAACCGGGGCGACCUCAACCUGGAGCUGCACUGUGACAUGACACCAAAGACCUGUGAAAACUUCAUCAAACUCUGCAAAAAGCAGUAUUAUGAUGGCACCAUCUUCCACAGAUCCAUCCGGAACUUCGUGAUCCAGGGAGGUGACCCCACGGGCACGGGCACGGGCGGGGAAUCCUACUGGGGAAAACCCUUCCGAGACGAGUUCCGGCCCAACCUCUCCCACACGGGCCGCGGGAUCCUGAGCAUGGCCAACUCGGGGCCCAACACCAACAAGUCCCAGUUCUUCAUCACCUUCCGCUCCUGCGCCUACCUGGACAAGAAGCACACCAUCUUUGGGCGGGUUGUUGGGGGUUUUGACACGCUGACAGCCAUGGAGAAUGUGGAGAGUGACCCCAAAACUGACCGCCCUAAGGAGGAGAUCCGCAUCGACGCCACCACCGUGUUUGUGGAUCCCUAUGAAGAGGCCGACGCACAGAUCGCUGAGGAGCGGAAGAAGACAGAGGUCAAGGAGGAGGCUCCAGAGAGCACAGCAAAGCCCAGCCCGUCCACGUCAGGGAGCCAGGGCCCCCAGACCUACCGCCAGGGGGUGGGCAAGUACAUCAACCCGGCAGUCACGAAGCGUGUAGCAGAGGAAGAGCCGUCCACCAGUGCGGGGGUCUCUGCAGCCAAGAAGAAGCCCAGCCGGGGUUUUGGGGACUUCAGCUCCUGGUAGCAGGCGCUGCCCUUACAUCUCAGGAAAGACCUGGGGCCAGUACUGGGCCCCUCCAUGUCGUUGCUUCUCUGCCCUCGUAAGCCUGCCCGUGGACUGAGAUGGAAUAAACUCAGAUCUUUCCUGCCAGCAACUCACUGGCCUCCCCAGCCACAUCCUGGACCCCCAGUUCCUGGGGUCUGGCCCACAGAGCAGCUGUCAGGAGGGGGAUAUCAUUCUUGACCCAGUGUUGAUCACAGGGUCCCACAGAGCCUGGGGUCGUUCUCAUGCCCCGGACCUUGAGCUUGGGACACCAGGGUUGGGGCUUCUGAUACAAGGGGUUGGGAGACCCUGGAUGAACAGCUCUUGCUGGGGUGUCCGAUACCGCCCCCCAGGAUGCCUGAGAGCCUGCAGGGGGCGCUGAGAAGAUGCUGAAGGCCCAGUGAGCUGGCACUCCCACUCUCCAGGGCAUCUGGACCCUAAUGGAUCUUUUUUAGAUUUGUACUUGUGCCACUUCUUGCUUUCUGUCAUUUGCAGCCGGCCCAGGCUGGCUUCCAUCUCCCGAGUGGGACAAUGCUGCCUCCAUUCCCCAAAGUGCCUCUGCAGAAGCUGCCUCCCCUCUGGCCCUCAGGUCCCCACACUUGCAGCCUGGCUCUUUUCUCUUCCGGUCUGUCUUCCCUUCAUCCCUGAUGCUCACCCCUGCCUGCAGUCACCACCAUGGACUUGGCCGUCCUGGAAUUGACCAUCUCAUGUUCUCGCCAGACUUUUGACUCCACCUCUUCCCCACUCCCCUGUGCCAGGCAGGCUCCAUGCACCUGGUGCACAAAGGAGAGAGGUGGGCCAGGGCCUCUCCAUGGGAGCAGAGCACCCACACAGGAAACAGCUGGCACCGGAAGCUUUAUUUCCAGACCUCCUCGACACAUGAGUGGGCACAGGGAAUUGGGGGGAGGGAUGGUGGCCAUCUGUCUGCUGUCCUGCCUGCCCCAAAGGGAGACUCCAGGGCCUUGGAGUCACCACAGCAUGACAGGCCCACCCAGAGCUCCAGACAAGUGGGGGCCAAGAGUCCCUUGAAGUUUAAAUUAUAAAUUUAAAACUGCUUGGAUUUUGUUCAGGACCUGUUGAGGUCAUCAGGUAAAUUAAAGGACUUUUGAAAAA